AGGGUGCUAAGAUGGCCGCCGCGCCGCUGCUUCCUGCUGGAAGAAAAGAUGUGGAGUGGGCUGUUACCUCCUGGGCUAAAUGAAAGUGAUGUUGAAUCAAAUUCUGAAGAUGAAGCCAUACUAGAGAACCCAGAACUUUCAGAACUUAACUUACAGGAAGAUGGAAAGACUGACAGCAGUAGGAAGCCAAAAAUGUCAGACUUCCCAGCAUGCAAGCCAAAAGCUGAAACAGAGACUGACACAAAUGCAUAUGACAAAUGUCCUUCUGGAAUUCCCCUAAACAUGUGGAAUAAAUUUCAAGAAUUGCAUAAAAAAAAUUCUGAACAGAAAAAUUCAACAUCAAGAUUCAGACAGAAAAAAAGAAAACGCUCCAAAAAAGGCAAAUUGAAGAAUGAAAAGGAAUCUCAGAGUGAGCAGUCCUCAAGUGAAACCCAGUGGAAGGAGCUUACUCAAUAUUUUGGAGCCAAUGAUAGAUUUGAACCCCCGGUUAAACAGAAAAAAGUUGAGAAGUCAGGCCUUGAAAAGAGGAUAGACCAGGCUGUGGAGGAAUGGGAUGUUGAGAAGGCUGAAGAGCUGAGCAACCAGCUAGCUACUCGAGAGCUCGGUGUAAAAGUUGCCAAAGCAAUUGCGUGCCACAAGUUUGUUAAAGCCAAAAAGGAGGCUGAAAACUCACAGGCUGCUCGAAAAAAGAAGAAGCUGGCAUGGGGGUUUGAAGCAAAGAAGAGAUGGGAAACCAAAAGCAACAUGGGAUAUAUGUAAUCUUGCAGAGUUCUUCAGGACAUUUAUUUAUAGACUAUCAUGCUUCAUUUGACAAAAAGAUUUUUCCACUUAGGUUAAAUGUGUCAGGAAAUUGAUAAAGAUAGAAAAAGAUAAGCGUAAAACUUGGGAGCUGAUUAUAAACUCUUUUCAGUCUUUUUUCUAAGAAGUUUGUGAAGGAAAUGAACAUUUUUAUAUUUGUGUAAGAAUUUUUAAGCAUAUGUACAAGAAAAAAAGGAUAGAAUUUUAUUUAUUUGUGUAAGCAUACAGUUUAAAAUCAAUUUUGUGUUUGAGCUGUUGGUCUAGCAUAUCCUGUGAGGUCCUUCGACUUCCUUAUCUGUUCUUAGCAUGACUGCACUUUUUCUAGAAUUGUGUUUUUACGAAUGGCUUUUGUUUAUAAUGGAUUAGUCAUAAAUAGAAAAAUUCUCAAUUGUUACUGACUUUACAAAUGGCUUUUAACUAUUUAAUUCUGUAAAAAAAUAAUUAUUGGUUAUUUUGGAGGAAGAAUUAAUAUUUCAUAGUCAUGUAGUAAAAGCAAUUGAUUAAUGUCAGUAGAAAUAAUUAUAGUAAAAAGUAGACACAUUAUAGUAUCUAGAGAAUGAUUUAAAUUCAGUUUUGCCUAGAAAAUGCCUUUCUAAAUAUCUGUCAACCAUGUCAUUCUUUGAAUUAUGAUUGUUCUUUGAAAAGGAAAUGGUCUGAUUGUGCUAGACACAGCUAUAACUUAAGAUAACAUAACUUUGGAUUGUCUAAGAGCUCAUUUGUUUUUACCCCUUCUCCCUGCUACUCCUUAAAAGAUAGAAUUAAUGAGACUAAAGAGAGAACUGA